UCUGGAUAUUCUGGAGCAGCUUCAUGUUCAAGACGGUUGCAAGGUCGUUCAUGAUGACUUCUCCUACGGCUUCGGCACCCUUUUCGAAGGCGGUGGUUAAUGCUAUGCGGAAACUCUAUCCAGAAGCGUUGGCAGACAAGAGCUGGGACAACACUGGGUUACUCCUAGAGUCUCCCUUCGACCCUCUACGGCGGCAGAUGAACUCGGUCCUUCUCACCGUUGACCUCACAAAGGCAGUCGCAGACGAAGCAAUUGAACGAAACGACUCCGUAAUCGUAGCCUACCACCCCAUUAUCUUCAGAGGCCUCAAGUCAAUCACCCUCGCCAACAGCCAGCAGCAGUCGCUACUUCGAUUAGCCGCUGAAGGGAUAAGCGUAUACAGCCCUCACUCAGCCAUUGACGCCGCCCCCGGAGGGCUUGGGGAUUGGCUCGCAGAUAUCAUCACCGGUGAACCAGCUACAGCACCAGAAGAGGGCGCCAUGAUCACAGACGAGACGUCCUCAAAAUCCUCGAAGCCUUCGACACCCCAACCACCCGAGGACGACCCAUUUCUAGAGCCCAAGCGCCCGAUAUACCUGCUGCAACACCACCCCUCUACCGCAAACCUCCAAGAUGGCGAUCUGAAACUCGCCUCAACAGCUCACACCCGCCACCCAAUCCGCCCUCUCGACCUCCCCGCCCACCCCGGCGCCGGCAUGGGCCGCAUCGUGCGCUUCUCCAAACCCCAAUCCCUCCCAUCCCUUAUCGAACGUAUCGGCCGCGGGCUGGGUAACCCAAAAGGCUUCCCCAUCGCUAUACCGCAGGGCAAACAAAUAUCCGACAUGUCCAUCUCUUCUGUCGGCAUCUGCGCAGGAUCCGGGGGCGACCUACUCUCAGGCUUAGACGUCGAUCUGCUUUUCACAGGCGAGAUGUCGCAUCACGAGGCGCUGGCGGCGAUCGAGAAGGGGCAGUGUGUGGUCACGCUUUUCCAUAGUAAUAGUGAGAGGGGAUUUUUGCAUAGUGUGAUGAGGCAGCAGUUGCUGGAGGCUGUAAAGGCGGAGUGGGAGGUUGUGCGGAAAGAAGAGAGGGAGAGGGAGGGGGUCGGGGAGGAGGUGUUGGAGGCAUUGGAGGAUGGGUAUGUGGGGGUGGAGGUUAGUGAGAGGGAUAGGGAUCCGUAUGGGAUUGUAGUGUCCAAGGUUUACGAUUAGGAGUCGGUGUAGGGUUGAUACCAUGGGUUGGAGCGUCAUCAGGUAAUUUGACCUUCUUGCUGUAUACUUUGCUGAUGAAUGGAUACGAAGUUGCCCUAGCACUGAUGAUAUGAGUCUCCCAAGUGGACAAAUCAGGCCAAGGCAGUAGAUUGAUGUUUGGGCUGUGUAAACGGGAGCCAGUACGGACUCCAGGUCACCAGGAAAUCCUCAGCUCUGAUUGCCCUAAUCUGGUCUCAUUUAUCAACGUCAAUUGCACAAGAGUCCAGAUCAGACCAUUGGAAAUCGUAACAAUUUACACAGCGUCGAGAAGCAUAAACGGGAGCUAGUCCGCAACUUGGCAC